AGAGGAUGCUGGAUGCUGAGACGGAGCUGCUGGCUUCACAAUCUCUGUCACACUGAGGCUGCCGUCAUCCCGACAGGACAAAAAGAACAACAGGACACGUCUGUUUGAAAAGCUCAGGUGGACGAUGAGCACGUCUGGUGGCCCCCCGGGGGAGGAGCUCACGGAUGAGGAGAAGGAGAUCAUCAACAGCGUGCUGGCUCGAGCGGCCAUGAUCGAGACGAUGGAGCAGGAGAGGAUCGAGCGUCUCUCCAGUCGCCUGGACAGUAUCAAGAGGACAGCGUGCGGUGACGGACAGUCGCACUGUCUGCUGUGUGGGGCAUCUUUUGCAGCACAGGGGGUCACGGCCGUCCUCUGUGUGCAGUGUAAGAAACACAUGUGCAGCAAAUGUGGGAUUUGGAGCAACAGCAGGACGUGUCCUGUGUGGCUGUGCAGAAUCUGCAAUGAACACCAAGAGGUACAGAAGCGUUCAGGAGCUUGGUUCUUCAAGGGAAGAGACCAGCAGGGUCUGCCUGCCCCCCUCCCUCUGUCCAGACCUCGACAGUCCAGCACAGAGAACAGCUCUGGUCCAGGAGGCCAUGAUGGAGCUCAGGAACCUAUAGCCCAUCAUCAGAGAUAUGAGCAGCAGCAGCCCUGUGGAUCAGAACAAUGGGAGCAGACAGCAAGAGCAACAGCUGACAGCCAUAAUGAGAGUCAGUCCUCUCCAGCAGCUGUAAUGAAGACUGAGAGACAAGUGUUAGCCUCCAAACCGCCGAGAGCCAACGCACAGCAGGCUGCCGCCACCUCAGCUCCUGCGGCGCAUGUGGAAAACAAACGCUCCGAGAGGGAAGGGACAGGGUGUCCUCCAGCUGUGGAGGAAAAAAAACAACCUCUUGUCUCCAGCUCACCUGCUCCCACAACCAGAAGUACUCCACCUGUUAACCCAGCGGUCAACAGCCCCGCUCCCCCACGACCCCCACCGGAUCCAACACAGGACGAGGACAAAGACUACGAUUCCGACGAUGCCACCACGCUGGGAUGUCUGGAGUUCAGCCUGCUGUACGAGCAGGAGAAUCACGCUCUGCACUGCUGCAUUGUCAAAGCUAAGGGUUUAAAGCCAAUGGACUCAAACGGUCUAGCUGACCCGUACGUAAAGCUGCACCUGUUACCUGGAGCCAGUAAGUCUAACAAGCUUCGCACCAAGACUCUUAAAACCACUCUGAACCCUGUGUGGAAUGAGACUCUGGUCUACCACGGCAUCACUGCUGAGGAGAUGUCUCGCAAAACUCUCCGGCUCUCAGUGAGCGACGAGGACAAAUUUGGACACAAUGAAUUUAUCGGAGAGACACGAGUCGCCCUGAAGAAACUCAAGUUUGACCAGAAGAAGAACUUCAGUGUUUGUUUGGAGCGAGUGAUCCCGGUGAAGAAGGCUGUAGGAGGACCAGCCCGCGGCAUGGCGCUCUACGAGGAUGACCUGAAUGAAGGUGAGGAUUCAGAGGAGAGGGGUCGGAUCCUGGUAUCACUGCUGUACAACAGUCAGCAGGGUCGUCUCAUCGUGGGCGUGGUCCGCUGUGCUCACCUGGCUGCCAUGGACUCCAACGGAUACUCGGACCCAUUCGUCAAAGUAUUUCUGAGGCCAGAUAUGGGGAAGAAAGCUAAAAACAAGACGCAGAUAAAAAAGAAGACGCUCAAUCCAGAGUUUAACGAGGAAUUCAGUUAUGAAAUAAAACACGGUGAACUAGCCAAGAAAACCCUCGACAUCUCAGUGUGGGACUACGACAUGGGAAAGUCCAAUGAUUUCAUUGGAGGAUGUCAGUUAGGCAUCCAGGCUAAAGGCGAGUGUUUGAAGCACUGGUACGAAUGCCUCAAGAACAAAGACAAGAAGAUUGAGCGCUGGCAUGUCCUGCUGAAUGACAACAAUGCUCAGUUUGAGGAUUAAAAUUUCUCUUCGAUGUAUUUUCUUUCUCUGUUGGUCUCCCUGUAGAAUAUUGUCUUCCAGUGUGCACAGGUAGACUGAUA